CAGUUUCAGUUUGAAAUGCGUUGAUGUACUAGAUGUACAGAAGAAACUUGAAAUUCGAGUGAGUGCUUUUGAUCUUCGACGAAGAUUAUCGAAAAAUUUUAUCCGCAAAAAUGAUUCUAUAGUAUUUCAAGAUGAUAGGAUUGUUGAUAUUGUUUUUCCUCUCUUAAAAUCUACGCCUACUUGGAUAUGAGAGUCAUUUCCGCAGUUCGAAUUGUUUUGCGUUUCUUACCUGCACUUGAAAGACACAGUCUAUGAAACCGAUACUCUGAUGUCUCAAGAUGAAUCUGAUAAUAUGGCUUGCUUUUUUUGGUAGUGCUCUCUUAGUCAACACACUUCCUGAAAUAAAACCAAUUCAAGGAAACACUUCUCGACCUCUAAACAUCGAAGUGAAUAAAUCAAUCGAGUAUAUCAUUUAUUAUAAGAAAUCUUUUGCUCGAUAUCCCUAUCGAAUAAGAGUUAGUAGUAAGAAUGCAGAUCCAGAGAACCCAAUCUUAGUUGUUGUACGACAGGAAAAAGAUGUGAUAUCAUGGGAAUUGCCUCUCUUAGUUCAAACAACGAAAAAUCAAAACCAAUAUUAUAAUAUCACUUCCAGAACAAUGUGCCAUAAUAAUAUGAAGGAAAUCAAUACACUCAGCUUCAGAAGUUUCAUGACGAAAUAUUUCCAUCAAGAGUUCACCAUAGCCAUUUCAAGUUCAUGCCUUGAAACCAAAGAUGUUUUAAUUGAGACAAUUGAGGAAACAAAUUUUUUCGUCAGGGAUAAAGAGAAUGUGACACUCACAGUGUCUCCAAGUCAAUCCAGAUACUUCUUUUAUAGAUUCAGUUCUCACGACACUGACACAUUGACGAUUGAGUUGGAUUCGAAUGAUGACGCUUGUUUGGUUGUUUCGGUACAGGAUAGCACUUGUCCUGUUUUCGAUCUCAAUAAGGAUAUUAUGUAUAGAGGUAAAUACCAAACAAUCUCAAGGAAAGGAGGCCUAACAAUAAAGAGAAAAGACUAUUCAGAUGGAUUCUUUCUAGUAUUCAUUAUGAAACCAGAUAAUUAUGAUUGUACGGAAGAACUUUCUAUAUACCCCGUGACCAAGUAUUAUUUUGAGCGAAACUCCGAUGCAACUUCUAAUGUGAGUUUCGUUAUUCAAAGAAGUUUAGGAAGAGGCCAGUAUUUGACUGCAACGAUUCUCACUGUGCUUGGACUUACUUCCUUCUAUAUUGUUGCCUUAGUCCUCAUUUUUGUAUUCCGGCGAUAUGGUAGUAUGAAAAAUAUAAGAGCUUCCAAAGAAAUUGUGACAUUGGACGAAGAUGUUGUCGAUGACGCUCUGCCAAGAAGUUCCAUGGAUAUAGUGUAUGUCUUAGAAAAGCCUGAUUUAAACGUGAAAGUUUUAACGAAGUAUCCUCUGAAGGAUAAAAUAAGGUCUUUCAAUUAUUUAUGGCAUAUUAUUAGUAUUGCCAUAUUCUACAGUAUUCCAGUGGUCCAGCUUGUAAUCGCUUAUCAAAGGAUGCUGAACUACACAGGGGACGAAGAUCUCUGUUAUUACAAUUUCCUUUGUGCCCAUCCACUAUUCAGUUUCAGUGAUUUCAAUCAUAUUUUUUCCAAUAUUGGUUAUAUUUUCAUGGGGGUACUCUUUUUAUUUGCAACCUUCCACAGACAACAGGUUUUGCCUUUCCGAUUUGAUGUUGGUAUUCCAGUCCAUUAUGGACUAUUUUAUGCCAUGGGAGUGGCAAUGAUUAUAGAGGGGUUGCUUUCUGCAUGCUAUCAUAUAUGCCCUAGUCAAUCGAACUAUCAAUUUGAUACUAGUUUUAUGUAUGUAAUGGCUGUGCUAUGCAUGAUCAAAUUAUAUCAGAAUCGCCACCCUGACUUGAAUGCAAGCGCCUAUGGAACAUUCUCAGUUUUAGGAUUUGGAAUUUUUCUAGCAACCAUCGGUAUUUUGACUGGAAGUCUGAGCGUAUGGAUCAUAUUUGUGAUCGGCUAUAGUAUACUAUGUUUCUACAUAUCAUUCAAAAUCUAUUUUUUGAGCUUUGUUCUCCAGGGUCUUUAUAAGUUCAGGGACGAUCUUUCCAAAAAUGGUUUUGGACGAGAAACGUUUUCACCAGUAAAAAAAGCUCGAUUCCUGAUACUAGUCCUGAUAAAUAUUAUUAACAUUGGUAUGAUGGGGAUGGGUUUAUAUUUAUACUCUAGAGGACAAACUGAUUUCGGAACAUUCCUGUUGGGACUACUUAUGGCGAACGCAAUUCUCCAUGCCAUUUUUUAUACAUCAAUGAAGAUUAUCCAUAAAGAGAGAAUCUGCAUAGAAGCUAUCGUUUAUGGUGUACUAGGAGUCCUUACUUGGACAGUUGCAACAAUAUUCUUCCUUGAUGCUGCUACAUUAUGGACAGUCACACCGGCCGAGUCCAGGCAAUGGAAUCAAGAAUGUAUUCUAAUGGACUAUUAUGACAAACAUGACGUAUGGCAUUUACUCAGUGCUCCAGCUCUCUAUUUCACCUUUAUGUUCUUAAUGUGUCUUGACGAUGAUAUAAUUGAUGAAAGACAAGAUAAUAUACCAGUAUUCUGAUGUGUUGUGACAAUUUUUCCGAUGUUGAUCGAAAUACAUAUCUAUUUAUUGAA